ACUGCGAAAACGUAAACAAUGAUUGUGACAAAAUUAACAAAAAACAAAAACAACAACAGAACAGCUCGGAAGGACAGCAGACCAAAUUUUCGAAAAACUUAUUAAUAAAAUGGAUUUAGUGCCAGAAAACUCCUCCAGUGCAAACAAGAGAACAACAGCAGGCGGCAGGGUGAAAUGGAGUGCCGCGCUUGAGUGCCUGCUGAUUGACAUAUGUAUGGCAGGAGAAAAUUGAAGAUUUGCGCGGACCACGCAAAAAUUCACAUGUGUACAUGGAGAUGGCCGAGUCCAUGAAGGAGGCUGGGCUUGAGCUUGGAUGGGGCGAGAUAAGGACAAAGCUCGAGAACAUGACCAAAAAAUACAGGAUUGAAAAAAAUAAAAUUGGACCGAGCGGGGGUGCUCCAUCUGGGUGGCAACAUUACGAUAAAUUAAACUCAUUUCUGGGGUGCUGCCGGAUAAACAACAUGGAGCAGAGCACAUUGGACAACUACAAUCCUAAUAAGUACUUUUCGGAUAUUAUUGAGAUGGACCUGGACGGAUCUUGUUGCUCCAGCACCUUGUCUGGGCCUCCGCCAAAGAAAAAGAAAAAGACCGACAUUUCGUUGCUGGCAGAGAUCGCCCAGGAGCGUCUCGAACAACAAAAGGACCACCACGUUUUGCUGUGCAACCACAGCCGAAAUAAUUGCUAUAUCUUCAUCAUCCAUUAUAAUAAUUAAUAAAUCUUCCGCGCAAAUUUAAUGAACUUGUUA